UCCGACGUUUUGCGUUUUGGUAUUAACGCCACUUCAGCCGCUCAAUCAGAAGUUUCCAAUGAAAACAAGCAUGUUGUGACUAACCUAACCUAACCCUUCGAUUUUUUUUUUUUUUAAAUUUAAAUUUUUGAGAGAAAUCCGAAGUUGCACGAACGUGGUAGGGAACCGAAACUACGUGAGUUGUAGGCUUCCCUUGUACCAACACACUGCAAACGCCUACAGUUGAUGCUAUUAGAUUUUAUUACUGGGGCAUUCUUAUUGAAAUUGGGGAACGACGGGAGUGCGCGCAGACGACGUGACGCGCGGGGUUGCGACACCGGCCGCGACGCAGGCGCACGGGGCUGACGUAACGAGAGGCGUUGCGGCACUGGAGCCCACAUGCUGCGUGGCGGCGGGUCACGCCUAUCGCGACCCGACACGACGGCCCUGCCAUCUAUCAGCCCCGGGGGCGAUCCAUGGACAGCAGCCAGCCGCACAGCCGCACAGCCGCACAGCAGCCGCAGCGCCAUGAAGGAGUGGGCGGUGAUCUCCGUGCUCGUGCUCCAGUCCGUGCACGGGAUACUCUGCGGGCCCGCGCACCGCGAGGAGCACAACUCCACCCGCAGGUACCGGAGCGGAGGCUUCCCCAAGUUCCCGACGCUGGCGGACGACCUCGGCGAGCCGGCGGCGGCGUGCGGGACCCGCGCCGUGGAGCACCAGCCGCCCCGCGCCGGCGCGCCCGCCCCCAAGGUCGUGGGCGGCGUCGCGGCGCGCUACGGCGCCUACCCCUGGACCGCGGAGAUCCAGGUGUACCGCGCGGCGAGCCGCCAGCACACGCACCAGUGCGGCGGCGCGCUGAUCGGGGCGCGCCUGGUGGUGACGGCGGCGCACUGCGUGCAGGGCGAGUCGCCCGACAGACUGCGCGUGGUGCUGGGCGAGCACCGCCUGGGCGCCUGGGACCCGCACGAGCAGGUCUUCAAGGUCGACAAGGUCGUCUCGCACCCCAGCUUCAGGAAAGCGGGCACGUACAGCCACGACAUCGCCGUGGCACGGCUGAAGGCUGCCGGCGGCCGCGGCGCGCAGUUCGGGCCCAAGGUGCGCCCCAUCUGCCUGCCGGAGCGAGGCGCCGCGGGCCCGGACGGCAUGUGGUGCGUCGUCACCGGCUGGGGCGCGCAGAACCCCGAGGACGUGCAGACGCAGUCGGAGGAGCUGCACGCGGCGGCGGUGUCGCUGCUGAACCUGGACGUGUGCCGCGACGACGCCGUGUACGGCGGCCGCCGCCAGAGCAUCCUGGACAGCAUGCUGUGCGCCGGCGUGCUGGAGGGCGGCGUGGACGCGUGCGGCGGCGACUCGGGCGGCCCGCUCGCCUGCGAGAUGCGCGGGAAGUUUAUGCUGAUGGGGCUGGUCUCCUGGGGGGAUGGCUGUGCCAAGAAGAACCGUCCAGGAGUGUACACGAGGAUAUCCUACUACGUAGACUGGAUAAACGAAGUCAGCAAACAGCUGGCAAACUGAAUGCAGUGGAUACAGUGCUGCGAAUGUAGUCAGUGACAACCAAGACUUGGCUGAUGUGAUAUGUUCCCUCCGAAAAUUAUUUCUAGUCUUAAAUUUGUGCCAAUGUGACUGUGUAGCACGUAGGUAUUUUCGCAAUAAUCUACAUGCACUACUAAUCAAAAUACAACAUAUAGUAUGACAUGUAAAUAUCUAAUCUGCACAUUUAUAACAUGCAAGUCAAAUUGUUUUACACUACCGAGUUUUUUUAAAUAAUAUUUACGGUGUGACUGUUGCUGUGAGAAUUUAAGUGAUUCAAUUAUUUGUUUCGUACUGACCCAAAAAUAUUUAUUUUUAUGUCUUAAUUGUAUAUUUAGGUAUAUAUACUUCUCUAAUCAGCGAAUUUUAAAUAGCUGAUAGCACAAAUAAGUUACCUAUGGGAGUUAUACAGUACAUGCAAAAUUACCUAUUUGUACUGUGUUAUGUAAGAUAAAAUAUACCAAAGAUAUAAUACUGCAGUUGUAAAAUUAAAAAAAAUAUAUGUAUAUAUGC